AUGCCCGUGCCAAAAAGGAUUCGCCUGAUUUCGGGGGCCGCGCUGUUGGCACGUACAGAUUUCGCUGCCAAGUAUCUUGAGAAAAGGCCGUCCAGUGCAGAGUGGGAACAGCAGGAAAUCUCACAGACCAUCACCCAUUAUUAUCCCAAGAUGGAGCCCCCGUCAUCACCGUCCCAGUCAGCAACAACGACACCACCUCAACUCCUUACACCACCGGUGCCCCAACCCGAACCUUUAGACGCUGAGAAGGGCUUGGUCACCCCACCGCCCGCCUAUUCUGCGUUUUCACCAUGGCGACGGCGUUUUAUUCUCAUUGUUAUCACUGUCGCUGGUUUUUUUGGGCCUUUGGCCGGGGGUAUCUACCUCCCAGCGUUGCCAGUCCUGGAACAGGAGUUCAAUGCCACCGCAACUGCUAUUAAUGUCACAGUUUCUGUGUUUAUGUUGACGUUUGCCUUUGGACCUCUUUUUUGGUCGAGCUUCGCGGAUUGGAAAGGCCGAAGGCCGUUGUAUUUGAUCUCAAUUGCUGUUUACAUCCUUUCCAACAUCCUUAUCGCUGUGGUCCCCGCGAAUUAUGGCGCCCUCGUCUUUCUGCGCAUAGUACAAGCGUUUGGCGCUGCAGCCGUGGUCUCCAUGGGCGCUGGGUCCGUUGCUGAUACCACCGAACCAAAACACCGGGCUUUUGCCAUGUCCAUCUUUUUGAUGGGCCCCCAAUGUGGCCCCAUUCUUGGACCCGUGUUGGGCGGCGCACUGGCGGAGGCGAACUGGCGUUGGAUAUUUGGUUUCCUUGCAAUCUCUGGAUUUGUGCUCUGGCUGGUCAUUCUGUUUACGCUACCUGAGACUCUUCGCGCCCGAGUUGGGAAUGGCAAUAUUUACCAAGAUCGCAGCUUAUUCUUUUGGCCACCUCAGCUAUCGUCUCCGCUUGCACCCUCUUGGGAGCGUGGUCCUCCGCCUCCGGUUCCGACCCUCAAGGGAUACUGGCGUUUAUUUAUUUACCCUCCUAUUGGAAUCGUGAGCUUCAACACGGCUUUGUUGUACUCGACGUACUUUGCCAUCUCAGUCGAGCUUCCGAUAGAAUUGUCGGCAAGGUACGGUUGGUCGUCUGCCGCUGUCGGCGCUGGGUUUCUCGCCGUUGGUGUCGCCAUGAUUAUUGGCUCACUUUGCGGAGGGCGCUUUUCCGACUGGCGCCGUGCACGAGCUGCCGAGUCUGCGCCGGAUGGGAAAGUUGACCCCGAGUUCCGGCUGGUGGAUCAGAUCUGGGGAGUCUUGGUAUGCGUGGCUGGUUGUGUCAUGUACGGAUGGCUGCUUGAAUAUUCUUGCCAUCCGGCAACGGUGCUUUUUGCAACAUUUUUGACUGGGUUCGGUAUGAACUGGGUGUUCGUCACCACUACUGCAUUUCUCACUGAGUGUGUCGCGCAACAAGCAGCAGGGGCGUUUGCCCUCGGAAAUAUGCUCCGAAACCCCGGCGCUGCCAUAGCCGCGGUGCUCAUUCCGACGCUCGUAUCCAAGAUGGGAACGGGGUGGUGUUUUACUGGGCUAGCCAUCCUAGACCUUAUCUUUGUCGGAUCAGCUGUCAUUGUUCUACGCAUCAAGUGUCCCGGAUGGCGGGCUGAGAGGACCGCGAAGAUGAAGGCUGCAAGUGGCACUAAAACUGAGCGGCGAACUUAG